AAUCCAGCAGUAGGAAUUUUGAGCGUGGGAAGAGGCGGGGCCCUGGCGCUCGGGAGUUUUGGUCCUCGGCGGCUUUCGUCCAGGAGCGCACCCGGAAGACGGUGUGUGGUUUGGGAUCCUGGAAUCCGGCUCCGGGACCUGGGGGAAGAUGGAGUUCGACUGCGAGGGUGUGAGGCGGAUCCUUGGCAAGUACAAGUUCAGGGAUUUAACUAUAGAAGAACUCAAGAAUGUAAAUAUGUGUUUCCCACAUUUCAGAUAUUCCAUGGAUACCUAUGUUUUUAAAGAUAGUUCCCAGAAAGACCUGCUGAAUUUUAGUGGCACUAUUCCUGUGAUGUAUCAUGGUAACACGUAUAACAUACCAGUUCGCUUCUGGAUUUUGGAUUCUCAUCCUUUUGCUCCCCCCAUUUGCUUCUUGAAGCCAACUGCAAAUAUGGGAAUCACAGUUGGAAAACACGUGGAUGCUCAAGGCAGAAUAUACUUGCCCUAUCUCCAAAACUGGAGCCAUCCUAAAUCUGUCAUUGUUGGAUUAAUUAAAGAAAUGAUUGCCAAAUUUCAAGAAGAACUUCCCCUCUAUUCUUUCCCAUCGUCUGAUGAGGCUCGGCAGGUAGACUUGCUGGCCUAUAUCGCAAAAAUCACUGAAGGUGUCUCAGAUAUAAGUUCAAAGAGUUGGAUGAGUCAUGAGAACAAAUCAGCCAAUAAAGUUACUGUGGUUGGCGGUGGAGAGCUGAGCGUUGCCUGCACGUUAGCAGUUUCAGCAAAGGGCAUUGCAGAGAAGCUGGUCCUUCUAGACUUCUCAGAAGGGACCAAAGGAGGGACAAUGGACCUUGACAUCUUCAGUCUGCCUAAUGUGGAAAUCAGCAAAGAUUUGUCUGCCUCUGCUCAUUCCAAGGUGGUGGUCUUCACAGUCAACUCUCUGGGUCACUCCGAGUCCUACCUCGACGUGGUGCAGGGCAAUGUGGAUAUGUUCCGAGCCCUCGUUCCCGCUCUGGCACAUUACAGUCCAGACGGCGUCCUGAUUGUUGCAUCUCAGCCAGUGGAAAUCAUGACUUACGUGACAUGGAAACUGAGUACAUUUCCGGCAAAUCAAGUGAUUGGAAUUGGAUGUAAUCUGGAUUCACAGAGAUUACAAUAUAUUAUCACAAAUGUUUUGAAUGCACAAACUGGAGGCAAAGAAGUAUGGGUUAUUGGUGAACAGGGAGAAGACAAAGUGGCAACAUGGGGUGGCCAAGAAGUAAUGAAUCACUCUCAGGCACAGCUGUCCAGCAGAGCCAUGGAACUGCUAAGAGUAAAAGGUCAGAGAUCCUGGUCUGUGGGACUGUCAGUAGCUGACCUGGUCGAUAGUAUCAUAAACAAUAAAAAGAAAGUGCAUUCCAUAUCCACUUUAGCAAAGGGGUAUUAUGAUAUAAAUAAUGAAGUGUUUUUAAGUUUGCCUUGCAUCCUUGGAACCGGCGGAGUAUCUGAAGUCAUCAAAACUGCAGUGAAAGAAGUUACAGUGACUGAGAAACUCCAGAGCAGUGCAUCCUUCAUCCACGGUCUCCAGCAACAGUUAAAACUUUGAUUUUUAAACAUAGUUACCUGAAAGGAGAAGUAAUUUCAUCAACAUAUAUAGGUUUGAAAAUGUCCAUGUCUUUUAAUUAUAUUUACAAACCUUUUGGUUAAAGUAGAUGGUUUCUUUGUUAGUUUUAUAAUUGGAAUCCUUAAAGAGUUAUAUAAGGAAGGGAAAAAAGUCUAUUUAGGGUGAGGUCCUUGACAAAUCUGUAAUUUUUAAACCUACAGCUGGGAUAAAUAUUCACCUGCUAUGUGCAUUAUUUUAAAUUGUGUAUCCUAAACUUAAAGCACUUUCAGCACUUUGGAAAUAUCCUGAAACAAAAUACAUUUAUAAUAAAUGUGGUAGGUUAAAGGCUCAGGAUGGGCCUUACAAAAUUCAGAAGAUCCAUAGUGAAGGGCAUUUAUUAUUUUUGCAAAAUACAAUUAGUGGAGUAGUAAAGCAUUUUGUUUUUCUUCUCCAAAUUCAUUAGCUAUCAAAAAGUAAAAAAGAAUUUUAUAUGUGUUUUAAAAUUAUAAAAGGGAAAGUAAAACAUUUUAAUAUAUAAAGAAAAAAGUAUAUAUAUUUUCAUUUCCAUGGAAUUUCCUUUCUAAAUUUUUUUUCCUCAGCAAUGUGAGAUCCCUACAUAUCAUAAAUUUAUUGUGCCAUUAGUAAAGCAUAGAUAAAUGUGUAUUUUGUUUUGAAUAAAAAUCAAACAGUUUAUUUUGAAGCCAAAAUAAGGCUUUCAUAAAAACCAGUGGUCUUAAGGGAGAGAGGUUGAAUGGACUGAUGGUUCUGAGCAAACCCUCUGUCAUUCCAGAAGAAAGGCACAGAACAUACAGGCUUUGGUGAUGGGUCAGUAGCAGUAUUUUCACCAGGUGCUGGUGGGCAGUAUGCUUUGACUAGCCCUCCAUUUACUGUGGGAAACAUAGUAAUCAAGUCUCACAAAUAAGUGUACUAAGAGUUGUGAUGAAACCAGGUGUGGCAAGCACAGGCUUAUAAUCCCAGCACUCAGGAAGCUGAGGCAGGAGGAUCAUUGCGAGUUUGAGACCAAUUUGGACCACAAAGUGAACUCAGGCCAGCCUCAACUAACUGCAUAAUGAGACUUUGUCUCAAAAAGAGACCUUAUCUCAAAAAGACCAAAAAAAAAAAAAAAAAAAAAGAAAAAGAAAAAAAAAGAAAGAAAGAAGGAAA